GUGGAGGGACUUUUCAGAUGAAAACUGGAGUGGAGGCUAAUGCCACUAGGCCUUGAGACGUUAGAUGAACCAAAUCUCAUGGACCCUCCAACGCUUCCGCCACCUAUUGAAAACAUGCAUUGCCGAGAGAGACCUGUCAACGGGCAAAUCACUUCAUUCCUUGUAUAUCAAGUCCUUUAUCCCUCCUUCGACCUACUUCUCCAACCACUUCAUCCUCCUCUACUCCAAAUGUGGUCGCCUUGCUUGGGCUCGCAAGGCCUUCCAAGACAUUUCAGACCCCAAUGUCUUUUCAUUCAACGCCAUCAUCGCUGCCUACGCAAAAGAGUCACGCCCACUCAUUGCCCACCAGCUGUUCGACCAAAUUCCCCAACCAGACCUUGUUUCCUACAACACGCUCAUCUCUGCUUAUGCUGACUGCGGGGAGACCGCGCCUGCGCUUGGCCUUUUUAGCGGAAUGAGAGAGAUGGGGCUUGAUAUGGAUGGCUUCACUCUCUCUGCUGUCAUCACGGCUUGCUGUGAUGAUGUUGGUUUGAUCGGUCAGUUGCAUUCGGUGGCGGUUUCGAGUGGGUUUGAUUCUUAUGUUUCGGUGAACAAUGCGCUUCUCACGUAUUAUGGCAAGAACGGGGAUUUGGAUGACGCGAAGCGGGUGUUUUACGGGAUGGGUGGGAUAAGAGAUGAGGUGUCUUGGAAUUCUAUGAUUGUGGCGUAUGGGCAACACCAGGAAGGAUCAAAAGCGCUGGGAUUGUUUCAGGAAAUGGUUCGAAGAGGGCUAAGUGUUGAUAUGUUCACUUUGGCGAGUGUUUUGACUGCGUUUACCUGCUUGGAGGAUCUUUCUGGUGGCCUUCAAUUUCAUGGUCAGUUGAUUAAAACUGGGUUCCAUCAGAAUUCCCAUGUUGGGAGUGGUUUGAUUGAUUUAUACUCCAAAUGUGGAGGUGGUAUGUCAGAUUGUAGAAAAGUUUUUGAAGAGAUUACUGAACCGGAUUUGGUUCUUUGGAACACUAUGGUUUCUGGCUACUCCCAGAAUGAGGAAUUCUCAGAAGAUGCUCUUGAAUGUUUCCUGCAAAUGCAAAGGAUUGGUUAUCGGCCUAAUGAUUGCAGCUUUGUGUGCGUGAUUAGUGCAUGCUCCAAUUUGUCAUCUCCAUCUCAGGGAAAACAGAUCCAUUCUUUGGCACUCAAGUCUGACAUACCUUCAAAUCGAAUUUCAGUGGAUAAUGCCCUGAUUGCAAUGUACUCAAAAUGUGGAAAUCUUCAAGAUGCUAGACGUUUAUUUGAUAGAAUGGCGGAGCAUAACGUCUCUUUAAAUUCGAUGAUAGCGGGUUAUGCACAGCAUGGGAUUGAAAUGGAAUCAUUACAUCUUUUCCAGUGGAUGCUGGAGAGGCAGAUUGCUCCCACAAGUAUAACUUUCAUUUCUGUCCUUUCUGCAUGUGCUCACACCGGAAGGGUUGAGGAAGGUUGGAAUUAUUUUAAUAUGAUGAAAGAAAAAUUCAAUAUUGAACCCGAAGCAGAACACUAUUCAUGCAUGAUUGACCUUCUGGGACGAGCAGGCAAACUGAGCGAAGCUGAGAACUUGAUUGCGAGGAUGCCCUUUAACCCUGGCUCCAUUGGCUGGGCAUCAUUGCUUGGUGCUUGUAGAACCCAUGGGAACAUAGAGCUGGCAGUAAAGGCAGCCAACCAGGUUCUUCAGCUAGAACCUUCAAAUGCUGCUCCUUAUGUCGUGCUUUCGAAUAUGUACGCGAGUGCAGGCAGAUGGGAGGAGGUAGCAACCGUUAGAAAGUUUAUGCGAGAUAGGGGUGUAAAGAAGAAACCAGGAUGCAGUUGGAUUGAGGUGAAGAAGAGAAUACAUGUGUUUGUGGCUGAAGAUAGUUCACAUCCAAUGAUAAAGGAAAUUUAUGAGUUCUUGGAGGAGAUGUCAGGGAAGAUGAAGCGAGCUGGGUAUGUGCCAGAUGUGAGAUGGGCUUUGGUCAAGGAUGAUGGAACAAGGGGAGGAGAGAAGGAGAUACGGCUAGGGCACCACAGUGAGAAGCUAGCUGUUGCAUUUGGGUUGAUCUCAACUAAAGAUGGGGAACCUAUACUCGUGGUGAAGAACCUUCGAAUAUGUGGAGAUUGUCACAACGCGAUCAAAUUUAUCUCUGCCAUAGCUGGGAGGGAGAUUACUGUUAGGGAUGCUCACAGGUUUCAUUGCUUCAAGGAAGGGCAAUGCUCUUGUGGGGAUUAUUGGUGAUGGUUUGGCAUGUCCGUUUAACUUUUCAAGUCUCUUGAGCCUUGAACGGAGCAAGCAAGGCUAUAUGACACCUGGGGAAGGCAAUGACUCACUGAAUUUGGGGAUACACCACAGUUCCAGAAAUAGCACUGAUUGAUGGAGAAGCUCAUGAAAACCUUGUCAAGAGCGGCUUCUUGUUCCUUAUCUACUGGUCGAGUUUGAAACAAUCUUGUUCUUUUUUCCCAGAUCAAAUAAUCCCCACUAGGAAAAGCCCAAGCUGGCUCGCUGGACACUGUUAAAACCCUGAUAGAUUAUACUGGCAGGGAGAAUUUUUUUUCUUCAUUAAUAGACAACAUGUACCACCAUUUUUAUAGUAAAAUUGAAGUUGAUAGAUUUUGUGUUCUUUAUAA